AUGCAUUACGCAACUUUGCGCUCGACUGGGUGCGCGUCAUGCGGGGGUGCAUCUCUAGGAGCAGCAGUGUGUGUUUUCUUAUCUGGUGCAGCCAAGCAGCGGGUAGAAAGGAUCCCACUCAAAAAAAACCCCAACAACAAACAAACCCUUAUCCUGGCAGGAAUUUCCGCUGGUUUCCCAGAAAUGACCGAUAUAUUUCAGCUGGUGUCAGAAGCAGGAAAAAGGACUUUACCUACACUCUGCCAGCUCUCGGAAAACGAUAUCGGCAGUAUUUGGGCUAAUGUGUCCGUGUACAUUGAACGUCAGAUGACUUUACAGAAGGGGGUCCACCUGGCAGGACUGGGGACCUUCACCUUCUCUCAGCAGAAGUUGGACAUAGGGAGCAAGUUCACAAUGAUCCAACGGCCCAUCUUCCUCCUGGCUGGGAAACUUGCCCAAUCUCUGGGGUUAAAGCAGCCCAGACCAGUGGCUGCAGCAACACACCUACCGGUAGUGCAACUGAACUUCACAGCUGUGUCACAAGAGACUCCUUUCAGUCGAGACGUAGUGGAGGGCUGCGUUAGAGAAACUCUCCUGCUCCUUGUCAGAGCUUUGGCCUCUGAGCAAAUCGUCACUCUCCCCCUCCAGGGAAUUGGAGUUUUGUCCUUUAAGAACAACAAGGUGCGGAUGAAGUUCAACAGAGAUUUUAUUAAUGCCAUGGAUGGAAGUGGUAGGCUACAUUUAGCCUUCAAUAAUAGACCGGGGAGCAGUGCCUCUUUAAUGUCUGGUGGACUGUCCAGGCUGCAAAGGCCACAAACUGCCAACCAUAUCGCCCUGCCAACAGUCUGCUCUCCUCAGCCAGAUAAUAAAGCUGGUGACAAAGAAGGCUGGUGCCUGUCACCAGCUCCAGACCAGAGGAAUGCACAAGAAGUUCCCCAACAGCGGGAAUCUAAAUCCCAUCAGACACUGCAGCCUGCCAAGAUGAAAGCUGUCAACCUGUCUGAAGAACUGAAUCCAAAACCCCCUAUGGAGGCCACAGACAAGCAGCUUCCAGCUCCAUCAAUGAUGCACAACUACCUGUGGGACAGAUUCCUCUUCUGUCAUCAGUUCCCUGCAAUGCCCACCACCAUCUCCCCACCAGAGGUCACUCCCAAACUUGAGGAACCACAUGUGAAUGUUGGCUGCUCUGGUCAUGCCCGUGCUGGACAGGAGCUGUGCUACCUGUGUAUGCAGCGGGCUCAAAGAAAUGUUCCAGUGUACCUGAGGGAGCAGCAGCAGACAGAGGAGAAAGCUCAGGAGAGACUCUUACUGUUUAAAGAACUACAGAGAGACAAGCAGUUCAUGGAGAAAGAACAGGCAAAGCUGCAUGAGCACCGUGAGCACGCAAAGAAGGUCGCUGCAUUCAAUCUGCAAAUGUCAGAGAAGAAAGAGAAGACUUACUGUCCUCUGUACCCUACGUCAUUCAUCUUCCCGGCUCGGCCUCUCACUCCUGCCAGGAGGAUGAAACAGAAUCGUUACAUGAACGAGCUUCAGAGUCAGAUAGAGAGUCAGCGGCAACACAAGGCUCAAGACCAGCAGAACUGUCUCCUCAUGGAGCAUCUAGACCAGGUCCAGCUGGUCCAAGAGAUAGCUUUGCAGAAGGCUCAGCAGCUCCAGCAGAAACAGGAGAAAACGAAACAUUACAAGAAGGCUCUGGACACUCAGGUGGAGGAUAAGAAGGUCACAGACCUUCCAGAGUUCCAGCCUGACAAGUCCGGGUUCAGCCGCUGUGAAACACCAGCCGCCAACGCUGAGAGCCGAGAAAGGGCACAAAAGCAGCUCUUUCAGGUAAAUUUCAGUGUUGCUACUCAGAGGAAGAAAGAAGAACUGCACAACCGCCAAGUCCAGCUGGAGAAAGAGAGGGAAAUGCUCAAACACAACCAAAUGGAGUUAAUAUUGGACCGCAUUAAUCGCUUUGAGAUGAAGCGGAACAUCAGUAAGUCACUGGAGAGCGAAUGGAGUUUGAGUGCGACACUCAAACACCAACGAGAGGAAGAGGAGAGGCGCUUCCUAAGGUCUGCUGGUCAGCUCCUGGUAGAUAAGCUAGCACAGUACAGGCGCUGCUGCCAGUGUAAGAGGAGAACCUCCAACUCUGGAGAGACCAACAUCUGGAAAGACUCUCAUUACCUCUCUGGUUCACAGUUCAUGAUCUGAUGACCACUUCAACAUUAAUACCUCCAGGCCUCAACAAGACCUUGAUUCUUGAAACUCAUCGUGUGACAUUCAAUAAAGAUUAAGUUUAAGUUAAGCUAUGUGAAGCAUAUAUGGAUGUUAUGGUUUGGAAUAGGCUCUGUGUUAAUGUGAGACUUCAUCUUGCUCUUUUUGGUUUCUUUUCAGUUCCUGUUAAUUCUAAUAUUAUUUUCUGCACAUAAUGGUUGUUUUUGUGUUUCUGUGUCACAUGAUUAUGUGUUACAAAAGUCAGACAUAAUCAGUCAAUAAAUUAUGUGCCUCUUUCA